AUGGACGACCGAACAGUUGAUCUCAUCUUUACUGGCUCACUGAAGCUGCUACCACCGGUCAGCUCCAAGAUCGUAAGAAUAUUCACCAGUUCCACAUUCACAGACACAACCAUGGAAAGAAACACAUUGAUGGCCAAGUGCUACCCGAGGAUUAAAGACUACUGUCGGGAGAAACAUGGCUUGGAAUUUCAGGUAUGUUAUUUUCUCAACUAG